AUUCAUCCUUCUCUUUUAUCCACCCAAUCAUCAUUGAUGGCCUCGGUUAACCAAACUCCUGUCCAGCCUCGUACUAACAUGUCCAAGAUUGGCUCUACUUCAGCACAGUCGUCAUCAUCGCUUCCACGCUCUCGCUCUGCGACUGGCCCUUCUGGUGCAGGCUCUUUGCCUACCUGGAAACCCUCGCCUGAAGUUGCCAAACUGUGGAAAGAUCUCAAUAAACCACAGGACGAUGAUGAAAAAACUAUUCAGCUUUCAUUUGUGAACCAUGUUACCAAAACCCUGGCUCGUAGCGCCUUUAACAUGGACGAUGUGGCUGCAUAUCAAGCUGUUGCACUUAGUGUGCGCGAUCGUCUUCUUGAGCGAUGGAAUACUACCCAGCAACUUCAUUCCUCAAAAGAUCCAAAGCGUGUCUACUAUCUGUCGCUUGAAUUUUUAAUUGGAAGAACUCUUGACAAUGCACUUCUUAAUCUUGAUCUGAAACCAGGAUACAAGAAUGCCAUCUCAAAGGUUGGAUUCAAUGUUGAAGACCUUAUUGGAGAAGAGUGUGAUGCCGCAUUAGGAAACGGCGGUCUAGGCCGACUUGCUGCUUGCUUCAUGGACUCUCUGGCUACUCUGGACUAUCCAGCUUGGGGCUAUGGUAUACGCUAUACAUACGGUAUUUUCCAACAGCGUAUCGUUGAUGGCUAUCAGACAGAAUAUCCUGAUUAUUGGCUUGCAUUUGGAAAUCCUUGGGAAAUUCAGCGACUUGAUGUUGCUUACGAGAUUCGUUUCCGAGGACAUGUGAAUAAAUAUUCAGAUGAUCAAGGUAACCCUCGGUUUUCGUGGGAAGGCGGUGAAAAAGUCAUUGCUAUUGCAUAUGACUAUCCCAUCCCUGGCUUUGGAACCAAAAAUACAAUCAAUAUUCGUUUGUGGAGCUCCAAACCAACAACAGAAUUCGACUUUGCAAGUUUCAAUGAGGGCAACUACGACAAAUCUGUUGAAGAACAAAAGGGUGCAGAAAACAUUACAUCCGUUCUUUAUCCAAAUGACAAUCACACGGUUGGCAAGAUUUUGCGCUUGAAGCAGCAAUACUUUUUUGUAUGUGCCACGCUUCAGGAUAUCAUUCGCCGAUUCAAAAAGUCAUCGCGUCCUUGGUCAGAGUUUCCCGACCAGGUUGCCAUCCAGCUGAAUGACACGCAUCCUACUCUCGGCAUUGUUGAGCUGCAGCGAAUUUUGAUUGAUGACGAACACUUGGCAUGGGAUGAAGCAUGGGAUAUCGUUACAAGAGUAUAUUCGUAUACCAACCAUACUGUUUUGCCCGAGGCACUUGAAAAAUGGGCCGUGUCUUUAGUUUCGGAUCUCCUUCCUCGACACAUGAUGAUUAUCUUUGAUAUUAACCUGUUUUUCCUGCAAAGUGUUGAGAAAAAAUAUCCUGGUGAUCGUGAUCGUCUUCGUCGCAUGUCUAUUAUUGAAGAAGGGCAUCCUCAAUAUGUCCGUAUGGCAUUUUUGGCAGUGGUUGGUUCUCAUUGCGUAAAUGGUGUUGCAGCUCUCCACUCUGAGCUGGUCAAGUCACAGCUAUUUUUUGACUUUGUUGAACUUUUUGGUGCCGAAAAGUUUACCAAUGUCACCAAUGGUGUGACACCUCGUCGCUGGCUGCACCAGGCAAAUCCAUUGUUGAGCGAUCUAAUCACUGAAAAAUUAGGGACUGACAAAUGGCUUUCGCACCUGAAUCUUUUAUCGAAUCUCAGUAAAUUCUCAACUGAUGCUCAGUUCCAGAAACGCUGGAUGGAGAUUAAACGCCUUAACAAGAUUCGACUUGCUGAUUACAUUGCAUCUGCUUGUGGUAUCAAAGUUUCUCCUGACGCACUUUUCGAUGUUCAGUGUAAGCGACUGCACGAGUACAAGCGUCAAUUUAUGAACAUCAUGGCUGUCAUUUAUCGCUACGAGACUCUCAAGGCAAUGCCAGAUGCUGAACUGAAAAACGUUGUUCCUCAUGUUGUCAUCUUUUCUGGAAAAAGUGCGCCUGGCUACUACAUUGCCAAGAUGAUCAUCAAGCUGAUCAACAAUGUUGGACGGGUGAUCAACGAUGACAAGCAAACUUCAGACUAUCUGAAGCUUGUGUUUAUUCCCAAUUACAAUGUUUCUUUGGCAGAGAUUAUUGUUCCAGCCAGCGAUCUUUCUCAGCAUAUUUCCACUGCUGGUACUGAAGCUUCGGGAACCUCGAACAUGAAGUUUGUAUUAAACGGUGGUUUGAUUAUUGGAACUGUUGACGGAGCAAACAUUGAGAUUGGUGAAGAGACUGGCGAGGAAAACAUUUUCCUAUUUGGCACUCUUACUCCUCAAGUAGAAGACGUGCGUUAUCAGCAGACCUAUGGUGGCGGCACUGUAAGAGAUCCAAAACUAUCUUCCGUUGUUGACAGUAUUCAUGCUGGACACUAUGGCGACCCAAUUAUUUUUGAGCCUCUUCUUAACACUCUGCAAAGCGACCACUAUCUGCUACACAAGGACUUUACCUCAUACAUUGAGACGAUGGCCAAGGUGGACAGAUGCUUCAAGAACAAGGCUGAAUGGGCAAAGAAAUCGAUUGUAGCUGCUGCCAGUAUGGGAAAAUUCAGUAGUGAUCGAUCCAUUGAAGAGUAUGCCACUCGUAUCUGGAAUGUGAAGCCAGUGCGUGUGCCAUGAUGAUUUCUAUACAUUGGCUCUGAAGCACGACGCUUCUACUGGUACGUGGCAUCCAAACGCACCAUUGAAACCAGAUUAAGAGUAGCAAAAUGAACUUGAUAUUAAACUUCCAUUU